UCAAAAAAAAAAACAUCCAAAAUAUACAAACUUUUGUUCUUUCAAUUCAUUCACUCACUUUCCUCUUCUCUCUCUCUCUCCAUUUCCCUCUCUUCCAUUUUAAGCUGAAACAAAUUCUCAAUCCUCAGAAGAAAAACAAAGCAGAAUCUUGAAUUUUCCUUCUUGAAUUCAAGCUAUUUUUACUUCUCUAAUGGCGCCAACGCCUUCGUCGAAAAAUCCAAGAACCCCAACUCCAUUUUCACGAUUAAAUCAAACCCAAAUACCCAAUUCAAGAACACCUCAAUCUAAGCACCGUUUAAAUUUCACCACAGCAGCUGCAGCAGAACACCCCAUUGAGGUAAUAGGGCGAAUUCGUGAUUAUUGUUCAGAUAAAAAUAAAGAAAAGGCCUUAUCUUUAUUACAUAUUAAUCCUGAUCGUGAGUCGUUGAGAGUUAAAACCGAUAAUGGAUACAGAGAUUUUACCCUAGAUGGUGUGUCAUUAUCUGAAGAAGAAGAUCUUGACGAUUUUUACAAGAAAUUCGUGCAGUCGAGAAUUAAUGGAGUUAAAUUAGGAGAGAAAUGUACAAUUAUGAUGUAUGGACCGACGGGUGCUGGAAAAAGUUAUACAAUGUUUGGGAGUAAUAAACAGCCUGGAAUUGUGUAUAAAUCUUUAAGAGAUAUAUUGGGUGAUGGAAAUGAAGAAAAUGAUGAAAAUGGUGUUGGGAUUUUUGUGCAAGUUACUGUUUUGGAGAUAUAUAAUGAGGAAUUAUAUGAUUUGUUGUCUUCUAAUAAUGGUGGAGGAUUUGGUUUUGGUUGGUCUAAGGGCAAUGCUUCUAAGGUGAGACUUGAAGUUAUCGGUAAAAAGGCCAAAAAUGCAACUUUUAUUUCUGGUAAUGAGGCUAUAAAGAUAUCAAAGGAGAUACAGAAAGUGGAGAAGAGAAGAAUAGUGAAAAGCACUUUGUGCAAUGAGCGGAGUUCUCGCAGCCACUGCUUGAUAAUUCUUGAUGUUCCAACAGUAGGAGGUCGGUUAAUGCUUGUCGACAUGGCUGGUUCUGAGAAUAUAGAACAAGCUGGUCAAACUGGCCUAGAAGCAAAAAUGCAGACUGGAAAAAUCAAUCAGGGAAACAUUGCUCUUAAAAGGGUGGUCGAGUCCAUUGCCAACGGUGAUUCUCAUGUUCCAUUCCGAGACAGCAAGUUAACCAUGCUCUUACAGGAUUCUUUUGAGGAUGACAAGUCAAAAAUUCUCAUGAUACUGUGUGCGAGCCCGGACCCUAAAGAGCUCCACAAAACCAUCUCUACUCUAGAGUAUGGCGCCAAAGCGAAAUGUAUUGUCCGUGGCCCUCAUACACCGUUGAAAGAGAAAGGCGCAGAAGAUUCCUCAUCGGCAGUUGUUCUGGUGUCGAGAAUUGCAGCUAUGGAUCAGUUCAUUUGCAAGCUGCAAAUGGAGAACAAACUCAAAGAGAAAGAGUGUAAUGAAGCUAAGAGAAAGAUUAUGAAGAAAGAAGAAGAAAUUGCUACACUAAGGUCUAAGCUUGAAUUAGCAGUAGUACAUGGAGGAGUGGAGAAAACUGAGGAGGAUAUCAUCGUUAAAGUUAAUGAGCGGACUCGGAUGUUGAAACAUGAGUUCGAAAAGAAGAUACAACAAUGUCAGCAAACGGCAAAUGAAUUUGUAGAGACGGAAAGGAGGAAGAUGGAAGAAAGAAUGUUCGAACAGCAACAAGAGUUCGAAAUGCUCAGGAGGCGCUUGGAGGAGAUCGAGGCUGAGCUUUGGCGUUCAAGGGUUGACGACAACAGAUCGAUUGAAGUGGAGGAGGAGAACAGUUUCGCGAAAAGGCUGCUGGAUAGUUAUUCUGAAGAUGCAGGAAUGGUGAAAUCUAUGGAUUUGGACAGAUCUAUCGACAUGGACUCAGGAAAGCGGGACACAGUGGUCUAUAAUUCAAGAGAAGUUGAAGAUCCUUCUAUCUUAUUGCAACAUUUUACCAACAAAUCGUGCUUGUACACUGUAUUUGAGGAUGAAGAAGAAGACGAAAGCGACGUUAGUGAGGGGGACAAAGAGAAUCCUCAUGUUGAGGAGGUGCAAAAAGAAGUUAUUGAGGAAAAGACGAUAUGUUCUGAUGAUCUUUCUAGUGAUGCAGCAGCCCCGUCCAGAAAAGAGUUAAUUCAAAAUAUAUUCAAACUUUGUGGAAAUUCUAGAGAACUUUCUCAGCAGUGUAGAACACCGGUUCCUGCAGAAAAGAAAGUUAAAGUCGCUGAAUCGAAAUCACCUCCAGUUAAGGAAAUUGGAGAGGAUUCACCUAUACGAAAAUGUCAUAAUGAUUCAAAGGAGAACUUCAACCCAACAUUUGAAAGCAUAGGCGCUGCUGAUCUGGAAGUGCACGUGAAAUGGGAAGCUGCGUCGUUAAAGGAAAAUCCUGAGUUAAUCACCACACUAAAAGUUGUUAAAGGUUCAACUUUAGCUGAUUUGCGCAAGCUGAUUGAGAUAUAUCUUGGUGCUGAUAAUCAAGCACUCAAUUUCCUGGACAUGUCUGGUGCUCCAGUGCCUAAAGAACAGGAGGCAAUCACACGAGUAAGUGAGCUGCCGAGGUUCAAUAACCAGUCGAAUGGACACCUAGCUUGUUUGCAGCCAGUGAAGGGAACCGAGCUGCUGCAUUACCUGCCAUUUACUCCAUUGGAAAAUAAGCUUCCAUUGACUUUGAAAUCACAUGGUAUAGAGGCAGGUAUUUGAUUUUUGCCUAAAGCAGGCGAGCCACCGGAGUUGCCCUUUGUCGUCACUAUCAAAAGAUAUCUCAGUGACUAAUUAGUUGAUUUGUAUAAAUUUGUGAGCACAUAAGUAAUCUUGUGCUCAAAUAUAUGUGUUGUUUUGCUCUGAAAUACACUUGCAAGAUUGAGCAUGUAAGUAUUUGGUUUUACUCUGGAGUAAACCUGUAUUCAUAUGCCCAAA